CGUUAUUGUUAUUAUUAUUAUUAUUACUAUCAUUCCAGUGUUAGACAAGCCCGAUGCAGGCGGGAGGAAUGGGCGUCGUUUUGCAUGCCGGAUCUGUUGAACCGGAAUACCCUGAGCCAGCCUUUGCCUUCUUUGUCUCCCUGUUCUUCCCUUUUGCACCUUUUUUCGCGUGCGGCUGCGGGCGUCACGUCGCCUUGCCUUGCCGUGCCUUGCCAUUUCUGGCCGGUCCAUCAUACGGGAGGCGGUGGGCGAAAGUGAUGAUGACAACGACAACGAAACAGAGCCCUUUUCGGCGCGCCUCCAUGGUACGGUGCCGCAACGCCCGUGAUGAAUAAAUAAAUGUCACCGGAAACGUUCCCUCCCCGGCGCCUUCCCACCCAAGA